CCCACAAAAAAUCUCUUUACGAAGCAUUUUUGGAUUUAAAAUGCGCGCAGUUUAUAAUACACCAGAGAACAUAUAUCACACUGAUUGUAUGAAUGCUGAAAAUGCCACUGUCGAUUGUAUUGAUGUUGGUAUAAAUGCUAUUGUUAAUGCCCGAUAUGAUAUGUAUGUAUGA